CUCCCGGUUGUGUUUGCGGGGCUCAUCGUGUGUAAUCGCCUCUCGCUGCAGUCCCCUUUUGCAGUGCGCGUCUCCCACUGAUCGACAGCGUCUAUCAGAUCAUCUAUCAGCUGAGCCAUGUGAACCUCACUGGCUGGCUGCCCAUCCAUCGUGACUGACGCUGUGCUCAUCUAUCCCAUCUACCUCCCCAUCGUCCGUGAUGGCAUCGGCACGCUGGGAGAAGACCCCGCCCUCCCCUUUGUCAGGCAUGGCACCUCAGUCACCAGACAAGUCACUCAUCGCCGGCGAACAGAACGGCACGUCUGGCUCGCCCAAGCUGUCGCAGCGUCGGAAGCGCGCCGCACCCCGGCUGCCCGCUAAGGAGAAUGAGAUAUUCGUCACGAGAAAGCAGCCACUCAUCGUCUUCUACAGGCGAGCCGACGACCUGCUUCGCAGCGGCAAGUAAGUCAAGUGAAGGGAAGUUAGACCAGUGCACUGCACUCACUGCAGUGCAGCUAGCAUGGAUGCGAUGCGGCUGUUGCUGUUGUGUGCUGUGUGUUGUGUUGUUUGUGUGCCUGGAGGCACGGGGAGAUCGUGUUGCGUGGUUUGGGGGCUGCGAUGAAGGGCGCGGUGUGGCUGGCUCAGGACCUCCUCACGAACUGGAAGGGCGGACUGCGCAUGAGCGUCAACACGACCACCGUCAGCGUCGUCGACGACAAACUCAUCGCUGACGAUGACGAGGUCAACCAAUCAAGGACAGACAGGCAAUCUCAAUCAAUGGGUGGGUGAGGGUGUGUAUGUCGCUGGGUGCAGAUCAGCCUGGAAUUCACUGGCCGCAACGUGUCGGGCCUCAUCAUCCGCGUGUACAAAACGACUCCUGCACAGGCAGCGCUGCCUGUCGGCCCAACCGUCCCUCCACUGCCGUCUCUCGGUACCGGCCCCGCAGCAGCUGCAGCUGCUGCAGCUGCCCCACCUGUUCCUGUUGCUGCCGCAGCGGCAGCGGCAGCACAGCCGCCAUGAGUGAGUGAGUGCUGGCCGAAGCAAGCGACAGCUGGGGGAUAGAGGGAAAGACGUGAUGGACGCGCUAGGGAGACAGAGAGGGAGGGAGGGAGGGAGGAAGGACAGCUAAGGACCAUAAGUCAAUUCGUGUGGGCGUGCCUGUGUGGAGGGGUGGUUGAUGGACGGAUGAGUGGAUGGAUGGAUGGAUGGAGGGAGGGAGGGAGGGAGGAGUGGGUGAGGUGAGUGGGUGGAAGGAUGGCGCGCAUGCACAGACGACCCAUUGUCCCCCUGGCUGGCGCUGGUGUUGUGUUGUGUUGAUCGAUCGACCGACCUGUCUGUCUGUAAGCCUGUCUGUCUGUCUGUACGUCUGCCAAACGCUAUAAAUAGACACAUGACCCUCUCUCUCUCUGUGUGUGUGUGCCCUCUGUUGAUUGUGUUGUACUUGUGUGUGUGUGUGUGUGUGUGUGUGUGUACCCAUACACUUCAUUCAUUCAUUCAACAAUGUCCACGCGAAAGCAAAGCAAAGCAAACCAUCGCUCAGUCUGUC